UGAAACGUGAGCGCGAAAUUUCGGUUGGAAGGAGAAGGCGCAAAAACAGUCCUCUUUUCUUAUCUCCAUCUCCAUUUGUUUAGCUACUACUAGGGUUUUAAUCUUGUGCGGUGGCCGCCAUGGAAGAAGUUAGGUCUACCACAGCUUGGGUCGCUACUCAUUCCUCUCAUGUUACCGUUGAUUUCUCAGGCAUUGAGAAGGUCGCUGAAAAUAUGAAGAACUCAUUACCAAAAGUGGAGUGGGAUUUUGAAGGGAUUCACUAUUUUGAUAACGGGCCACUCACUGUUCAGUACUUGCUGGUCUUGGAUACGUUGAAUUUCUGUUUCUGGCCAGACGAGGAGAUGAGUUAUGAUCAUCUGGCAUCUGGAUUAAAGGUUACUCUUGAAAGUGACAAAUCUGCAUUUGAUGCUGAUCGUCUACAGAAAUAUACUGGACCUCAAUUAAGGAAAAUGUUGAACUGGUCAAGACCAUUGCCUUUGGAGGAUGAACGGGUGCGCUUAUUGCAUGAGGUUGGGCUUGAGCUUGAGAGGAGCUUUGAGGGAAAGGCAUCUAAACUUGUGGAGUCCUGUGACAACUCUGCUGCAAAGCUUGUAGCUCUUAUGACAUGCCACUUCCCUGGCUUCCGUGAUCACACAGUGUACAAAGGCCACCAGAUUUUCUUGUAUAAAAGAGCCCAAAUUUUUGCUGCUGAUUUGUGGGGUGCAUUUAAGGGUCAAGGAUACGGUGAUUUUGAAGACAUAAGCUCAAUAACCAUAUUUGCUGAUUAUAUUAUUCCAGCUGUCCUUCAGCAACUUGGAGUGCUGAGAUAUCGUACAUCCCUGGAUAAUAUUAUCAAGAAAAAUACUGAAAUUGUCUCAGGCAGUGAAGAGGAGGUAGAACUCCGAGCCUGCUCUGUUUAUGCUGUGGAGAAAAUGAAGGAGUUGAUCAGUAAAAAGACGGGGAAGCAGGCAAGCUCCUGCAGUCCAGCGAAGGUUUUUCCUUAUAUCAGGUUGACGUCUCAAGGUAAAAUACAAGAAAAAAAUAAAAAGGUGUUGAGUGUGGAACUAGAUCUUUGGUUAUGGGCUUUUGGCAUACAAUGCCCAUCUCUUCAACACCAUCGGACACUCUCUAUCUAUUAUUGACUAUAGAAAUUAAGCUCCAUCUCCAUUGCUCGAAUUUACUUUCUUUAAGGAGUACAGAGGUUGAAUAUGAGUUAUUUAACCUCUUUCAAUCUUGUUAGAUUUCUGUAAAUUGACCAACAUAUUUUAUUUUAUUUAAUGAUAAAUGUUGGCUGGAGAAAUGCCUCACUUUUUGCUUAAA